CCGCUCAAUAAAAGCGACUGGGUUUCUCAAGAACGCAUGUUAUCACCACGAGUAAUUUCCUUCGCUCGAGACCAGGUCUACUGGGAGUGUUUCAGUCAGGCUGCUUCGGAAGAGUCUGUUGAUCGCGUUUGGGAUAGGGACCCACAUCUUGACAAUUUCAACAAAUUUGAAAUGGUGAACUUGUUCGGGAUGAGGCGUUCAAGCGCUGGGUAUAUUCAGUGGAGCAUUACUCCGUGCUUCGGUUGAGCUUUCCAGCAGAUCAACUACCUGCGAUAUCUUCGAUAGCUCGCUACUUCUGCGCAAAAGGCGGAUUCCAUGCUGAAGACUACAACGCGGGCUGUUGGCGUCCGGAUCUACCAUACUGCUUGUAUUGGACCAGUCAAGAAGUCACGGGAGCUGGUACUUACAUAGCGCCACCCUGGUCAUGGGCAUCUAGGGGCGCGCCGGUCAGUUUUUGGCUGAAAUGUUGACAUGACAAUAAUAAGGCGCUUACCCAUGAUAUCGUAGUCUCGGUGACGCCCAAAAUGGCGAAAUCCUCGAAAAGAUUGCCUUCGGACAUCUACGGUUGCGCCGCUCCUUGUGUCAGGUAGUAUGGCCUCCGCAGAUUCGCAGGUUGGAUAUUCCGAC